UUUAGUUACGAUACAAUACAAUACAAUUAUACUGAUAAUGAGGGGAGGUUAUUUGUCACAUUCUAGCUUAUGAUAAAUCACAUUCGUCUCCACUAAUUUACUCCUCCACACCGAGUAACUUUUCAUAGACUCUAACAAUUAGUGACGUUUUCCCCUGGCGCGCUUGUGCCCACUGAAAAUUUUAAUGAGAAUUUCACCAUAAAGGGGCUCUGAAAUUAUAUAUAGUGAGGGAACGAACGAAUAUUAAACGAGAUUCCUCGCUAUUGAUAAACUAUUACAGGUACAACAAUCCUUCAACCACAAGUCAAAUUCUAAUUUUAGUAUUUUCCAAUUGUAUUAUUGAUCCACGAUCAUCAAUUGAAUUACUAAUUCGUUUAUAUAAUAAUAUUGUUGAUAGAUCGGUUACGUUUUAUUUAUCUACAAUCUCAUCAUUCUUCAGUUCUCAAAAUCAACUAACCAAUCAAUAGUUUAAUCAUGGAAGUAUCUCCUGGCGUGUUGGAAUUUACCGGCACAUUCACUAAACAAACUACUGAAUAUUUAUCAUUAAGUAAUUCUACUGCCACUCCAUUAGCUUUUAAAGUUAAAACAACUGCUCCAAAAUUAUACUGUGUUAGACCAAAUGCUAGUAUAAUUAAUCCUGGUGAUAGUCUUAAAAUUGCCAUUAUUUUACAAGGAUUUUCUCAACCUUUACCAAAGGAUUAUAAAUGUAAAGAUAAAUUUUUAUUAGUUUCUUUACCAUGUCCUCAAUUAACUGAUGCAUCAAAAGUUGGAGAAUCUUGGGCAUCAUUAGAAUCAGAAUUUAAAUCAGAAGUUGUAUCUAAGAAAUUAAGAGUUGUAUAUAAUGUCACUGAUCAAGAUGUACCAGAACCAUCAUCUAAUGGUGUUGAAGAAACUCAUGAACCAGCUUCUGUAGUUUCUCAACGUAGACCAGUUGAAGAACCAGUUAAGGUUACUCCUAAUCAUGGAACUAGUAGUGGAGUUGAAGCAGCUGGUGCUGCUGUUGCAGCUGCUGGAAUUGCCGCAGCCACUCAAUCUCAUAAAUCACCAGCUCAAGAAGAUAUUCAAAAGGAAUUGAAUGAUUCAAGAGCUCCAGUUCAUAACUUGAAUGAAAAAUUAGAUUCUAAUGAAAAAUUUGGAUCUCAACCUCCACCUCAACCUCAAGGUCAAGGUCAAGGUCAAUCUCCAGGUUAUGGAUAUCCACCUCAAUCUCCAGGUUAUGGAUAUCCUCCAGCUCCUGGAUAUGGAUAUCCUCCACCAGUUCAUCAACAACCACCUCCACCACCCGAUGCAUAUGUUAGAAGAUCAAGUUCAGUAACUUCAAUUCCGGGUGGAGAAGUUAAGGCCAUUAAUGCAGAACCAGUUAAUGGAAUUUCUUUACCAAUGGCUGCACUUUUAAUGCUUGUAGCUUUCCUUAUAGGAUGGUUAGUAUUUUAAAAAUAUAAUAUCUUAAAAUAAAUUUUUAUAUAACUAUAUAGGAUUGCUUCUCUUUAUUACAUAGUAUUAUUAUCUAUAACAUUACUGUACAUUAAAAAUUACUACCAGUAAAUACUACUAAUCUAACUAAUCCAACUACUAAUACUCCAAUUACUCUAAGAGUAUCAACUACUCCAAUUACUCUAAGUGUAUCAACUACUCCAAUUACUCUAAGUGUAUCAACUACUCUAAUUACUCUAAGAGUAGUUAGUAUACACUAAUUUACUCUAACUAGCAGUCACUAACUUUUCCCCCUUAAGUCGCACUAAUUUUUGAUUUUUGAUCCUUAUCACGACUGAGAAAAAGUAAACCUAAAAAUUGUAAGCAAA